UUGAGCAACCAAGGGGAUCACGCCUUUGUCGCGCCAGGCUCUGGAGAUCGCCGAGGACCUUGCCCUGGAUUAAAUGCGAUGGCCAAUCAUAACUAUUUUCCGCAUAACGGAAUCGGCACCAUUGCCGAUUUUAUCGAGGGCUGCCAGGCGGCGUUUGGCAUGGGCGUUGAUCUGGCGACUUUUCUCGCCAUAUAUGGCGCCAUUUUCGACGGCGACCUCACAUCAUAUAGCAUUGGCGGGCCCUCUCCUUCCCUGCCACUCGUCGGUGGCCUGCUCGGCCAGCCACAGGGUCUGUCGGGUUCUCACAAUAAAUAUGAGAGUGACACCUCGCCCGUGUAUGGCGACUUGUACCAGUACGGCAACAACGUCCUCCAGCUCUCGCAGUUCAAGUCGCUGUACGAGCUGGGUCAGACCAACGGAGACUCGGUCGACCUGGGCGUUCUGACCAACUGGCGCGCCCAGCGCUUCCAGCAGUCCAUCUCCGAGAACCCGUACUUCUUCUACGCGCCGUUCAGCGGCACGAUUGUCAGCUCGGCCGCGUACACCUUCAUCUACCGGUUCAUGGCGAACCACACGGCCGAGAACCCUGAGGGCGUGCUGGACGGGGAGACGCUCAAGUCGUUCUACGGCGUGACGGGCGACUACCCCAACUUCAGCCACCAGCAAGGGCACGAGAAGUUCCCGGACAACUGGUACAAGCGCAACCCCGUCGAUGCGUACACGAUCCCGUACCUCACGCUCGACGCGACGGCCAUGCAGCUCCAGCACCUCGAGUUCCUGCCCGUCGGCGGCAACACGGGCACGGUCAACUCGUUCACGGGCGUCGACCCGUCUAACCUGACGGGCGGCGUGUUCAACGCCCAGAACCUGCUCGAGGGGAACAACGCCGUGUGCUUUGCCGUCCAGGCCGCCCUGCAGAUGGCGCCGGACUUGCUCAAGCCGCUGGUGAGCGAUGUUGGCGCGGCCGUGAGCCAGCUGUCGAGCGCCGUCGGGUCGGUUACGAGCGAGUUGAGCUGUCCGCAGCUCACCCAGUUUGACGACUCGCAGUUUAGUCAGUUCCCAGGAUUCACGAAGUUGAAGGCGGACGGCACGUAUUAG